CGGCGGGGGCCGGCAGAUGAAGAUGGCAAUGUCUGUGAUCCAAGCGUGCCGCAGCCUGGCUCUCUCAACAUGGCUGCUGUCCUUUUGUUUCGUGCAUCUGCUGUGCCUGGACUUCACCGUGGCCGAGAAGGAGGAGUGGUACACGGCCUUCGUCAACAUCACCUACGCCGACCCGGCGGGCGGCAGCGCCGAGCUCCGCAGCGAGAAGAGCGAGUGCGGGCGCUACGGCGAGCAGUCGCCCAAGCAGGACGCCCGCGGGCAGGUGGCCCUCUCCGCCUCGCCCGCCGACCGCUACGCCUGCGACCCCGCCACCCGCUUCAACGCCCCCGCGCCGGGCAAGAGCUGGGUGGCCCUCAUCCCGCGGGGCAACUGCACCUACAGGGACAAGAUCCGCCACGCCGCCGCCCAGAACGCCUCCGCCGUGGUCAUCUACAACGUGGGCUCCAGCAACGCCAACGAGACCAUCACCAUGCCCCAUGCAGGUCUGGAAGAUGUUGUAGCAAUAAUGAUUCCUGAACCCAAAGGAAAAGAGAUAGUGAGCCUCCUGGAGAGGAAUAUUACUGUGAUGAUGUACAUAACAAUUGGAACGCGCAACUUGCAGAAGUACGUCAGCCGUACCUCCGUGGUGUUCGUCUCUAUCUCCUUCAUUGUGUUGAUGAUCAUCUCACUGGCGUGGCUGGUUUUCUAUUAUAUUCAGCGAUUCCGCUAUGCAAAUGCCAGAGACAGAAAUCAGCGCCGGCUUGGAGAUGCUGCAAAGAAAGCAAUCAGCAAGCUGCAAGUCAGAACAAUCAGGAAAGGUGAUAAGGAAACUGAGCCAGACUUUGAUAACUGUGCUGUUUGUAUUGAAGGCUACAAGCCCAAUGAUGUUGUCAGAAUCUUACCUUGCAGGCAUCUUUUUCACAAGUCCUGUGUAGACCCCUGGCUUCUAGACCAUCGUACCUGCCCUAUGUGUAAAAUGAAUAUUCUAAAAGCUCUAGGGAUUCCGCCAAAUGCAGAUUGCAUAGAUGAUAUACCUCCAGAUUUGGAAGCGUCCAUAGGAGGACCACCAACAAACCAGAUAACGGGAGCUAGCGAUAUAACAGUCAACGAGAGCUCUGUAGCCCUGGAUCCCCCAGUCCGAACUGUGGGAGUACUACAAGUCAUCCAAGACGCAGACUCCUUUCCUCAGGUUGGAGAGGGUAACUUCACCACAAGCAAUGAACAGGAGCCAACAGUCAGUAGUGAUUCAGAUAUUUCAUUGAUUAUGGCAAUGGAGGUUGGACUGUCUGACGUGGAGCUUUCCACUGAUCAAGACUGCGAAGAGGUGAAGUCUUGAAAAACACACAGAAAUCUGACACUAAACUACAGGGGAGGGUCACAGGGAGGGACCGAGUCAGCUUUCUAGGAUUUGGACCAGUCAUGCACACACCUCCAGAGCACUGUCACUCCAGCACACUCCAUUCUGAGACGGUCACGAAAAGCAAUAGCAACACUUGUGUUUGCCUGGUUGCAGUUUCAUCAUCUGCACAUGUUCAUUUGGUUCACAUGGAAGAUGAAAGCUUCCCGUUUACCCAUGUGCUUGAGAGCAGUCAUGCAGCUCUUCAGUGGCUCAUAAAUACGCAACUGAAAUGACAGCUUGAGUGUUUUCUACACUUGUUCAAUUGGGUUUUUGUUUGGUUUUUUUUUUUAAGACCUAUGUAUGUUUGUUUGUUUGUUUAUAGUUUGUUAUGAAUGGACACUAUAUUUUUGUUAACUGACCCCAACCUUUUCAAGAGUUCAAUCCAACAAUUUCAAUUGCUGUACACUGGUCACUUCAUGACCUGACUCCAGGAUUUAUUGUUGCCUUGACAUUUCUGCGUGACGUAUACAUGGCUUCAGCACCUUGUAUUAAUAUGAAUCCUGCUUUUGUUAAAUGGAGCCUUGGAAAUCAUGUAUUUUGAAAGCUUUUAUUUGUAAGAGAGAUCUGAAUCAACAGAGGUUGCUGAAUUUUUAUUUAAAACUGCAUUAUGUUGGCUUUUACUUAGAGAGAGCUCUAUUCAAAACAAGUUUGGUACCAUAUGAGGGAGAGAAAGAAAAGCAUUAAGCUUCACCUUGUCCUUGUAAUCCUUUGCUGUAUUUUAGGCUGUUAGCAGUUGUUGGUACGUGGCCUCAAUGACCUUCCUUCAAGUCAUAAUUCAAUAGCUGGAAAAGAAGAUCUACUGUAACAUUGUGUGUUCUCUUAAUUUUACAGACCAAAAUCUGACCAGUAGGCCAAAGGAAUGUCUGAGAGGUUUCCAGAGGGUGCUUGUUAACAGCUGUGGAAGAUGAAAAUAUUCUGAGAAAGGGUCUGGAGAUGCUAAUAACAGUGUCAAAAAUGGUAAUUUUUGCUUGCUAAUGAAGCAAGAGGCAGCUGGAUGAAAUGUUUACUUUUUGUUUUAUUUUUUUUCUUAAUGUGUUUCACUUCAAUUUUCUUUAACUGCAGUUUUGCCUGUUUGUUAUCAAGAAUCCAGGUGGUUUCUUGCCUCCAGAGUCCCUGUUCGUGUUAUCACAAGCAUAACAGAAUACUGGCAAUUUAUAUAGAACUAUAUAUAGCAAAACAUUUUGGGGAGGAAAUCUGGAAACAAACAGAAGUAGCAUAAAAAAAAAUCUAAAUAAUAAUGACCUGUAAUUAUUAUUUAGUCCAUCCAUCCUGAAUUAUGCUUUCCAGAGGAAAAAUUAUUUUGUCACUUAUUUAGUGUACAGUUUCAUUUUUCAGUCAAAACAGUUAACUGUGAAGAAGGACUUUUAGCUUACUGUUAUACAAGAGUAAAGGGUUUCUGUUGACAGUCAGAUGGUUUAAAUCACAUUACAGCCUCCUGAGUCAGGAGAAUCAACAAUGCAGCUUGCCUCAAAAUUUCAUGGAGAGGUCAAAUAUUUUCACUUAAUUGUGUCACAGCAGCAUCGCAAAAUGCAAAUAUUAGGGUUCGUGCUGCAUUUCAUCUUCUUGUGGAUUACACAUUGUCUGUGGAAACUAACUUUCUGCCAAAAUUUGCCUGUCAGAUCUUAUUCAGGAACAAAUGUGUUUAUUACUAUCCCUAAAAUUUUUGAUGGCUUGUUUUUUAAUGCAGGAAGAAGGAAAAAAUAUGCUUUGUUGUCCAGUCAGAACUCAGUUAAUUUUAUAGCUCGGUUUUUUAAUGUUCCUAGUCCGUAAGCUGCAGGGUAAGUUUGAAGUAAAGGAACACAAGCUAAUAAUACUUCAAAACCAUGGUCCAGAAAUGUGCCACUACGUUUUUAUAGACCUUUCAAAAGGACAUCUUUUUUUUUAAUUACAGAGGUGCAAACAGUUGGAGAUCUGUUUGGUUUAAAAAGGAAGUUAGAGAUAGUUCCAGACUGUGUGCCCGCCCUUGGUCACUCUUGCCAAUAUUUGUGGGUUUAUAAUCUUUUUCAUAUUCUUUAAUGUCCUCUCUGUUCCCUGUUGCUGUGUGAAAGGCCCAUAAUCUCAGGGGAACUGAUGGUGAAAUUCACCCCUAUACAGAGAAUUUGCACAAGGUACCACAUAGGCUCCACUUAAGUGCUGGAAAUAAUGCUGAAAUGGGAUUUAAGUGGUGCAUAUGCCUAAUACUGGCCUUUCACAUAGGAAUGAAAUUCACCUCAAAUGGUAAUGCAGGGCAAAGAGAGAAACUGGUUACGUGCAGCUGCAUCUCCCUGUGGGAAGUAUGGACCCUGCUACAACAGAGGACUUGCUUCUUCUCUAAUAUCUUCCAGUUUUGCUGGGGCCUGAAUGUUACAUGUCACAGGAGUAUCAGGAACAGGAUGGCUGAGGUAUCAGCAAUCCUUUAACAUCCAUCCAUGGCAGAUCAGUGACAAACAAAACUCCUGGCCGUAGGAAAUACCGUUUCAGUUCCAGAGAAAGUGUUGCAAACUCUUCAUUUUAUUUCACAAACUUAAUCUCAGUGGAGAGAUUGGCCAAUUAUCUGUUGCUGCAAUGAAGUCACCACAGCACAGCAAAGCAAGCAAAGUCCACGCUUGUACUAGAGGCUGUAAAACCGUAGGCUGAAGCAGGAGGUGAAACUCCCAGCUGGCUCUGUGUUGGGUCAUUUGCCCAGGAAUAGCAUUAAAGCGAGCUGUGCAUGAAAGGUGCAUCACACCGGAUAGGUAACUGAGACCCUGCCCUUGUUGGUAGGAGCUGGGGAAGGACUGCAGAGGAGGAUCAUGCUGUACAUGCUCUUUUCUUAAGUAUCCAUGACUAGAUCUGCUCCCGAGGCAUCUGCUGUCACCCACUGAUAGAGGCAGAGUGCUUGGCUAUGGGAGCUGCUUUUACCUAUCAGUAUCCUGUGGUCUUGUCGAGAGUCACCGUAGCAAAUGGCUCAGGGUUCCUUCAGCUCUUAUUUCCCAAAUCUUACUGCAGUGUCACUCCGGGCAGAUAUUUUUCCAUUUCUUUCCUCAGUUGUUCCAAAGGUCUGAGCAUCGUUAAAUGGUAACCAGUGCAAGGCUAUGUUAUGCAUCACUGAAGCCUGAACUUAAGAAGGCACUUAAGUAAAUGUUUAAAUCUGUCCUUGUUCAGAGAAGCACUUACAUCUGAUUUUGGACUUGUACUGAAAUCACAUUGUUUUCAACAGAUCUUGUAUGAGUGUAUUUAAGCCCCUGUGUCAAAUGGAAAUGUUUUUC